AAAAAUGCCUAAACGACAGACUCAUGAUCCACGUUUCAUUCGGAAGGCUGAGUCGUCGAAAACACAAUCACAGCCUCUUGUAGCCCGUCGCUCAGCAAACUACCAACCGUCUCUAUGGGAGCACGAGUAUCUCCUCUCGCUCGGUAAUACAUAUGUGAAGGAUGACAACAUCGAGAGGGCUAAGUUAUUGACGAAUCAAGUGAGUAAAAUGUUGAAUGAAACGGAGGGUUUACCCGAACAGCUAGAGCUCGUAGACAUUUUACAAAGACUUGGCGUUUCUUAUAAUUUCGAAGGUGAAAUCAAGAAGAUUCUAACGAAUGUACAUCGAAAAAACGUGAGAGCAGACAAAAGCCAGAUGGAUCAAAAGAGAUGGGAAGACUUAUAUGCGACUGCUCUCGAGUUUCGACUCCUAAGGCAACAUGGUUUUGAUAUCGCACAAGAUGUUUUUGACAGAACUUACGGAGAUGGUUUGGAUGAUGAAGAUUUCAAGAGUAUUCUUUCACUAUACGAAGCUUCAUACCUCUCGACCAGAUUCGAUACGAAACUGAAAGAGACUAUAUAUUUCACAACAGAACGGCAUAGAAACUUUGUGAAAAGGAAGAAAACUGAGACCAAACCUUAUGUUCGGAAAAUGGUGAUACAUGCUUUAGAAAUGCCUUACCAUCGGAGAGUUGGAAGACUAGAAGCAAGAUGGUACAUAGGCGUGUACGGAGAGAGAGACGACAUGAACCCUAUCUUGCUCGAAUUCGCUAAACUUGAUUACAAUAUCGUUCAAGCUAUACAUCAAGACGAGCUCAAAUAUCUUUCUAGCUGGUGGAGCAAGACAGGAUUAACUGAACACCUUGAUUUCGUAAGAGAUCGAAUAACGGAGAGUUAUUUCUCGAGCGUUGGAGUGAUAUAUGAGCCCGAGUUUGCUUAUCAUCGACAAAUGCUUACAAAAGUUUUCAUGCUUAUUACAACUAUCGACGAUAUAUACGAUAUCUAUGGGACACUGGAGGAGCUCCAACUAUUCACGACCAUAGUUGAAAAAUGGGAUGUGAAUAGUCUUGAAGAACUUCCCGAGUACAUGAAGUUAUGUUUUCUCUGCCUCGUCAAUGAAAUCAAUCAGAUUGGAUAUUUUGUUCUCAGAGAUAAAGGAUUCAAUGUGAUCCCUUACCUCAAAAUAUCCUGGGCAGAUAUGUGUAAAACGUUUUUAAAAGAGGCAGAGUGGUACAAAAGUGGUUACAAACCCAACUUCGAAGAAUACAUGCAAAAUGGCUGUAUCUCAAGCUCGGUCCCUACCAUACUUGUACACUUGUUCUGUCUCUUCUCCGACCAAACCUUAGAUAUUCUCGUCUCUUAUCAUCACUCUGUUGUUCGAAGCUCUGCCACCAUCCUUCGUCUCGCUAAUGAUCUCGCCACUUCUUCGGAGGAAUUAGCGAGAGGCGACACUAUGAAAUCCGUACAAUGUCACAUGUAUGAGACUGGAGCUUCAGAAGCAGAGUCAUGUGCGUACAUUCGACGAAUGAUCGGUGUGGCUUGGGAUGACUUGAACUUGGAGAAAAGAAUUUGUAGGCUACAUCAAGGUUUCGUUGAAGCUGCGGCUAAUCUUGGACGUGUGGCUCAAUGCGUUUAUCAGUAUGGUGAUGGCCAUGGCUGUCCCGACAAAGCUAAGACCAUCGAUCAUGUCCGGUCCUUGCUCAUCCACCCCAUUCCACUUGAUUAAUUAAUUAGUCUCUCAUAUGUAAUAAGUGUUAAACCACGCAAAUAAUGGAUUAUUAGUUCAAAGAGAUGAGAGAUGCAUAUAUACUUCUCUCCUCAAUUAAUAAAUUGUGUACUUUCGCUAGCUUUUCUCAAUAUCAUGAGCUUGUAAAAUCAAGUUCGAUAUGGCUUCAAAUGGUAACAUUUAGAAG